GAUUUGAUCCCACCUUUUUUAUAUGUAAGUCAAGGUGGUGAACAUACCUGUCUCCCACCUCCUGUUUCCACAACCACCACCCGGUUGGUAGAAUAUAGGGCCAGGCAGGUUCCUGGCACAGCGGAGGCCUGCAACUUCGAAGGCCACCUCUGGUGAUGGGGAGGCACGCGAGGGCAGCAGAUUAAGGAAGGUGCCCGUCCAGGUUUUGACCGCUCUUCCUUCUCCAGCUGAAGUCCAUUCUUCCACGCUGCCCCCGCAGGCACUGAAGUUGUGCGGUGGUCUUCAGCGCUAAUAAAGUGCUGCUCUUGGGCACAGCCGUUGUGCAGGAUUGCAGAACUGAGGAGCCAGCUUGGUGCGGUGGGGAAGGCGCCAGGCCAGAAACCGGAGCCGGUUUUGGACAAAAUAACUGAAGAAGUGGCGGGUGAGGAGAAGCCCCGGCUCAGAUCUUCUGAUGCGUAGCCGAGUAAAGAAAUGAAGGGCAGGCAGCAAAAAGCAUCAGAGACAGAAGAGGGUACAGUUCAAAUCCAAGAAGGGGCAGUAGCGACAGGUGAAGAUCCAACCAGUGUGGCCAUUGCUAGCAUCCAGUCAGCUGCCACUUUUCCAGACCCCAACAUCAAAUAUGUCUUCCGGGCAGAGAAUGGAGGUGCUCAGCUGAUGUACAGAGUGAUACAGGUGGCCGAGGGCCAACUGGAUGGGCAGACGGAGGGCAGUGGGGCCAUCAGCGGCUACCCUGCAACACAGUCCAUGACUCAGGCUGUCAUCCAGGGAGCAUUCACAAGUGAAGAUGCUGUGGAGACAGAAGCCACGGCCACUGAGACCCACUAUACCUACUACCCUGCCACUGCAGUGGCUGACACCAGCACCUCUGCCGGAGCAGGGACUACUGCAGUGGUCACGACCCAGAACUCAGAUGCCCUUCUGGGACAAGCUACACCCACCGGCACAGGGCAAUUUUUUGUCAUGAUGUCACCACAGGAGGUGCUACAGAGCGGAACCCAGCGGUCCAUUGCCCCCAGGACGCACCCCUACUCACCGAAGUCGGAAGCUCCACGGACAACACGGGAUGAGAAGCGUCGGGCGCAGCACAACGAAGUGGAGCGCCGGCGCAGGGACAAGAUCAACAACUGGAUUGUGCAGCUCUCCAAGAUCAUUCCUGACUGUUCUAUGGAGAACACCAAAUCUGGGCAGAGUAAAGGAGGGAUCCUCUCUAAAGCUUGUGACUAUAUUCAGGAGUUGAGACAAAACAACAUCCGUCUUUCUGAGGAACUGCAGGGCCUGGACCAGCUCCAGGUGGACAAUGAAGUCUUGCGACAGCAGGUUGAAGAUCUGAAAAACAAAAACCUGAUUUUACGAGCACAGCUCCGACAGCAUGGCGUGGAGGUGAUCAUUAAGGAGACCCACUGACAAGCCACCAACCGGCAGGGAGGGCCUUGGUCAAGGCACAGCCCUUUUGGGCACAGCAGAAGGCUGGGACUCCCAGCUGCCUAGUGCUUCCAAGCCAGCCUUUGUCUCUCUCGUACAGGAUCAGAAAGCAGGGUCCCCGCCCUUGGGGCCAGGCUCAGCUCAGGACACUCAACAUUGCCCAGUGCUCCCUCUCAGCUCAGACUUGGCUGGGCCCUCCAAGCUCGACGUUGACAAAAGUACUCUUGGUUCGUAGGACCCUAAAAUAAAUAAUCCCCAAGUUGUGUUCUCCCUCCCCCAGCCCUGCCGUUUUGCUCAGCAUCGCCUCUCGCUCGUGCGCUCCAGCUGACUCCAGCUUGCCUGCCCUUGCAUGCAAUCUCACGUAGUUAUGUUGCACAGUUCCCCACUCCCACCAGUGUGACUGGGACCUCCUGGGAUGAUCCCCCCCCCAGGCCCUGCUCCUGCCAAGCGAGGGAGUUGAGCUCUGUGCAGCCCCCGCCCGCUUGCCUUCCUCCCUCUCCCCGGAUGGGCUCCCUUCCGCCUGGAAGGCUGCUCCUUGACGUUCCCUUAACGUGGCUCCACGUUGCUGGAAAGAGGAAAGGUUGCUCAUGGUGCAGAGUGCCAAGGACUGGAGCGGGCCCCAAGGAGUCGCCGUCUUCCUCUCCCCGAGAUGAUGCAUCAAUUGAUCAGGAUAGCAGUUCUCUUUGUUUUUCUCUUUUUUAAAUAAACCCUGCGUUUUGGAAAAAAGGAACAUAAUUAAAUAGCUGCCUUGCUGGGUUCAC